AUGGGGGAAACUACUCAAGAAACACAAACACCAAAGAUAAAUGCCCCGCCCGUCCUGCAAUACAGCUUUAUCGAGCAGACGCUCCAGCCCGGGCCGUCUGUGUCGCUCAAGUGCUCGGCCGCCGGCCAGCCCACCCCCACCAUCUCGUGGAGCCUGGACGGCUUCCCGCUGCCCACCAACCACCGGUUCCUCAUCGGGCAGUACGUGACGGUGCACGGUGACGUCAUCAGCCACGUCAACAUCAGUCACGUGACGGUGGAGGACGGCGGCGAGUACCGCUGCGUGGCGGAGAACCGGGCGGGGCAGGCGCACCACGCCGCCAGGCUCAACGUGUACGGCCUGCCCUACAUCCGGCAGAUCCCCAAGGUGACGGCCGUGGCCGGGGAGACGAUGGAGAUCAAGUGUCCCGUGGCGGGCUUCCCCAUCGAGGAGAUCAAGUGGGAGAGAGGGAGCGCGGAGCUGCCCGAGGACCUGCGCCAGAAGGUGUUCCCCAGCGGCGUGCUGCAGGUGGAGCGCGUGCAGAAGGCGGCGGACGCGGGGCUGUACACGUGCACGGCGCGCAACAAGCAGGGCCACACGGCCAGGCGCAGCGCCGACGUGCAGGUCAUCGUUCCUCCCGUAAUUGAGCCUUUUAAAUUCCAAGACGGGCUUUCUGAGGGCAUGCGCACGCGCACCGUGUGCGGGGUCAGCCGGGGUGAUCCCCCCCUCGUCAUCCGGUGGCUCAAGGACGACACGCCCCUGGCCUCGUGGCAUGUAGAGGGCCCAGCGCCCAGCGUGUCCCAGCUGGACCAGUACACCAGCCUGCUCAGCAUCCCCAACCUGUCCGCGGCCCACUCGGGCCGCUUCACUUGCGUAGCCACCAACGCGGCCGCAGAGGUCAGGUACACGGCCACGCUCAGCGUCAAAGUGCCGCCCGCUUGGGAGGUGGAGCCCCAGGACUCGAGCGUGGAGCGCGGCCGCCACGCCUUCCUGCACUGCCGCGCCCGAGGCGUGCCGCCGCCCACCACCGUCUGGAAGAAGGCCAUCGGGGGCCGCAACGGCGAGUACCGCGAGCUGCGGGAGCGCCCGCCUGCCUUCCGCGUGCUGUCCAACGGCACGCUGGUGCUGCAGAGCGUGACGGAGGAGGCCGAGGGCUUCUACCUGUGCCAGGCCAACAACUCGAUCGGCAGCCCGCUGGGGAAAGUGGUGCAGCUCAGGGUCAACUCGCGCCCCUUCUUCUCGGUGCCGUCGCGCAUGGUGACGGUGAAGCAGGGCGAGACGGCGGUGCUGCAGUGCGACGUCAGCGGCGACCGCCCCAUCAGCGUGGUGUGGCUGCGCGCCGGCAUGGAGCUCACCUCCGCCACCAACUACAGGGUGACUGUGAAGGUGGAUCCGCGGCGCGAGGGCGUGACCGCGGAGCUUCAGCUGGCGUCGUCCGAGUCGGCGGACACGGGGCCGUACCACUGCCAGGCCAAGAACACCUUCGGCACGGACAAGCAGCUGGUGCAGCUGCUGGUGCAAGAGCCACCGCCCCGGCCGGUGGGCCUGCAGACGGCGCUGGUGACAAGCACCACCAUCAACCUGCAGUGGCAGCACCCCGGCGGUCAGGACGCGGACGCGAUGCGCUUCGUGGUGGAGUACCGCCAGCAGCAGGCCGCCGCGCCGGGGGCGACGCCGGGGCCGUGGCAGCGCGUGGAGGCGCGCGGCCAGCACGCGGCGCUCGUCGCGGACCUGCGCCCCGCGACGCGCUACACGCUCCGCGUGGUGGCCGAGGGCGCGGCCGGCCGCUCGGAGCCCUCCCAGGAGCUGGCCGUGCGCACCGAGCCCCAGCAGCCCGCCGGCGCCCCGCUCGGCGUCACGGCGCGCGCCGUGUCCUCCACCGCCGUGCUCGUCACCUGGACCGCCCCCGCGCCGGAGCUGCGCCACGGCGACGUGACGGCCUACAACGUGGGCUUCCGCGACGACGGUGGCCAGAGCUCGUACAACAUGACGAGCGUGCCGGCCCUGGUCGGGGACGGCGAGGACGACGGCGAGCUGACGCUGACUGGGCUGCUCAAGUUCACGCGCUACUCCAUCGUGGUGCAGGCCGUCAACGUGGUGGGCGCCGGGCCCAUGAGCGACCCUGUCAGCGCGCUCACCCUGGAGGACGUGCCCAGCAUGCCCCCGGAGGACGUCCGCUGCAUCCCACUGUCCUCGCAGUCCCUGCAAGUGUCGUGGCAGCCGCCGCCCAGUGGCCACAUCAACGGUGUGCUGCAGGGCUACCACCUCCACUACGAGUCUGUGAACCCCGACCAGCGGCACCCAGACGCCGCCGACUCGGCCAAGACGACGUCCCUGCUGACGGUGCUGCUGGACCUCCGGAAGGCCACCAACUACAGCGUGACGGUGCGCGCCUUCACCAGGAAGGGCGACGGCGUGGCGUCAAGGCCCGCCUUCUGCUCCACGGACGAGGACGCUCCGGGCCCGCCGGCGGACAUCAAGGUGGUGGUGAGCGGGCCGCAGUCCCUGCUGCUGACGUGGCUGCCGCCCGCCGACCCCAACGGCGUGCUGACGCGCUACAACGUGUACAACCGCCUGGUGGACGGCACGGGCCGCGAGGAGCUCAAGCACGACAAGCAGCAGGUGGGCGCGGCGCAGACGAGCCUCGAGGUGAAGGGGCUGCAGCAGCACGUCAAGUACCAGUUCUGGGUGACGGCCUCCACGCGCAUCGGCGAGGGCCAGAGCUCGCACGAGGUGUCGCAGGUGCCCACGCCCAGAGUGGCCGCUAGGGUUGCCUCCAUCGGCGGGCUGGUGGCGCGGCCGUGGCGCAGCUCGGUGGCGCUGGCGUGCCGCGCCGUGGGGCAACCGCAGCCGCGCCUGUCGUGGCGCCCCAAGCAGCACCGCGGCCAGGUGCUGGACUCGGGGGAGCUGAUGCUGACCGGGCUGGCCAAGGAGCACGCCGGCAACUACACGUGCACCGCCGAGAACGCCCACGGCGCCGACUCCGUCACGUACACCCUGGCCGUGCAAGUGCCGCCGGGCGCGCCGCAGCUCUUCAUCGGCACGUCGACGAGCAGCAGCAUCCUGCUGCACUGGAAGGUGGCCGACCUGGGCGGCGCGCCGCUGUCCGGACUCACCCUGCACUUCCGGCGCCAGCACGGCGACCCCAGCCGCGUUGACCUGCCGCGGCGCGCCACCUCGCACGAGCUCAAGGGCCUGCAGUGCGGCACGACGUACCACCUGCAGCUGGUGGCGCUGAACGCGGUGGGCGCGUCGCCGGGGUCGUCGACGCUGUCGGUGCGCACGCAGGGCCAGGCGCCGGGCAAGCCGUCGGCGGCCGCGCUGCUGAGUCCCGGCCCCGGCAGCGUGCAGCUCCGCCUCGCCGCCUGGCCCGACAACGGCUGCCCGCUGCUCUACUUCGUGGUGCGCUACAAACCCGUGGCCGGGCCUCAGGCGCAGCAGUGGACCCUGGUCUCCAACUCGCUCAAGCCGCAGCGGCGUUUCAACAUCAACGGUCUGUCCCCGGCGAGCGGCUACCAGCUUCAGGUGGAGGCGCACAACAUCGCGGGCUCGGCCACGGAGGAGUACACGUUCUUCACCCUCACCAAGGACGGAGAGGCGCCGCCCCCCGAGCUGGUGCAGCGUGGCGGCAUCCUGCAGCCCUUCUACAUGGACAUGCGCGUGGUGCUGCCGGUGGCGGGCGCGGCCGUGGCCGUGGCGGCGGUCUGCGUGGCGGUGGCGCUGUGCUGGAGGACAAAGCAAGCCCGGCCCGUGAAGGAGACCCUGGACACGAAGACGGCCGACGCGGUGGCGCAGCGAGAGCGGUACUACGCCACGCUCCGCAAGGUGGCGCUGCAAGCGGGGGACAAAAUCCCAGAGACUUCGGAGGACAUCUCUCCGUACGCGACGUUCCAGCUGUCGGACGCGGCGCCGCAGAACACGCUGCUGCACAGCUUCAUGUACCACGAGCAGGCCAUGACGGAGGCAGCCUCGCCACCGCCACUGGGCCCCAAGGGUCGCGGGCAGCGCAGUCGACGCAGCAGCCACAAGUCGCACACGUGCGGGCAAGACUCCGACGAGUCGGACUCGGACGGCGACCCGCUCACGUCGAGUCGCACGGAGAGCUCCAACCAGCUGGACACGGGGCCGACGUGCGGGCCGCAGGGCGGGCACGGCGGGCACGGGGCGCACGGCGGGGUGGGGAUGGGGGCCCGGGGACUCAAGCACAGCCAGUACAAUUUCAUAUACCAUGGGGCCCCGUCCAGCACGUCGUCCGAUAUCUCGCCCAUGUCGGAGCAGAAGUCCCUUCCCCGCCGCGGCCGGCACAGGUGA